UUGGGGUAUUUUUUAUAACACUGUUGUUAUAAUUCUGCUAAUAAUAUAAUGUUACAAAAUAAUGUGUUGUUGGCAACAAAACCCGAGUUUCCGCGCAUGCGCAGUACAAAUCGGUUUUUCGUACGGAUCGAGUAGUAAACACACGACAGAGGAACUCUUCAGGCAAACUCACUGUAUAAGGCCAUUGAUUAUCGAGCUUUAGUGAGGGUGGUGUUGCUGCACUAUGGCUCAAUGGCAUCCUGUCACAAACCUGAGGAGUCGAAUUAUACACCAUCCACCUGUGACUGUGUUUUUCAUGUGCCUGCUGGUCCUAGCUGGAGCUUUCAUAAGCAUUGGGAUUUACUCACAAAACCAUGACAUCAAGAACCCAGACAUUAGCAUGGACUGGAAUCAGAUGCUGGGCUCACUGGCAAACCUGAAGUUCUGCACACAGUUAAACGAUUCCGAUGUUUUAAACGAGAAGCCGGAUAUGAAUUCACCUCCGCUGUUAACUCAUGCAGAUGAACUGAUAAACAGCACACAACAUAAAAGUGAAGUUAUCAGCAAAUUACUUCUUGUGCCUUUAAUGAAUGUUGGAGAUUCCCUAGAUCACGACAGCAUUAGUGCCACAUUACUGGGAAGCCAGUUAGGCCUGAAAGGCUCUGCUGGGAAACAAACAUUAAAUAUAACCCUGUUCCUGGAUAUACAGACACCUAUAUCAGCUACUGAUUCUGCACUUCUCCAAAAGCCCUCGAACAUGCAAACGAAGCCCCAGGCUUAUAAUUCUUGUCUGAAGAUUACCGCUCCAAGUCACAUUCUGCCUCAAACUCCGUCACCGCCACAAUGCCCUUUUAAUAAAAACCAAGAGAACGGCAUUUCUCCUGUAAGGGCGCUUGCUGUACAAUCAGUUAAGAAGAGCUCAAACACACCAUCAUGCCUCAACUUGGAGUUCACUCCUGACCCCAAACUGACCGUCCUACUCACUCAGGAUGAAAAAAUUCUUGCUAGAUAUCACCUGCUGUUGGUCAGCAUUGCUCUGUUGGCGCUCUGCCUCAUGAUGUGUCUUUUGGGAACCCUUACCUGCUCCAGGUCAGGCCGUCACCUUUCAGAUGAUCCUCAAAAGGAAACUCUGCUGGGGUGAUGAAGAGAACGGCAUCAAGAGCAGUGCAUAUGGCUUACUGCUGAUCAAUCAUUGUAAAAGUCUAUUUAUGUAAAACGUCGGUGAACAAAAUACAGACUCCUUGUGUUUGCUGUGAAGCAGGUGUACUGUACAUUAGAAAAAAAUAUUAAACUGGGUGUAAUAGUU